AUGCAUCGUCUUUUUGCUGAGCUGGAGCCAUCUUUAACCGUCUCAGAGCAAAACCUGGCAGACCGGGUUCGGUAUAUCUUGCGCUCAAAUAUAUUUGAUGUCGCCGAACUCGAACGACUACGACGUGAGGCUGUUCCCUCAGCGGAUGAAAAGGCUACGGCUGAGGAUACGGCGCCACAAAUUGCAGAGCACCCCGCAAACGUGAAUGCCGCCGUGAAUACCCCAGUUGUGGUUGAUUCAAACGAUGAUGGAACAGUCGCCCAGGAACUGGAAUUAGAGCAUAUGAGGAGUACAUUGGAAGAGGCGAUUGUGGAAACGCGCAGUACGCCUCUUGAAAAUCGACCGCGACUUCCCCCCAUAGCCCUAAGCAAGCGGAAUCGGGCUGUCGUGAGGGCUCUGAACCCAAUGCUGGUGACCUAUUUGGAAGCCAGCCGGGACCUUUGCGAGACGGACUCAAUUCUUUUUGGCGCCGCACUGGCAGUGUGCCGUAUUAUAGGCGCCAAACUUUCCACGGCUGGACGUGCUACUGGACAAAGUAGCGCUAUCCCAGCCUGGAGAAUAAGAAUUGAAGAACGUAUCGCAAAGGCUACGGCCCUCAUCGGCAGACUGAUAUGCUUCAGGUCAGGCGACAAAUGUUAG